AUGGUUCAGUUGACGAAUUGUCUUGAAAUCAGCAAAAAGUUUAUAUUUCUGGAUACACAUAAAAUUUCAAUUUAAUACAAGUGCAAAAAAAAGGAGUCAUUGGCAGUGCAAAUCGAUAGGUUUAAGUAAUUGUGCAAGAAUAAUCUGAUAAAAGUGGUAGUUAUAUUGUCAAUAUCUAGCAAAGAAGAUAUGUUCAACAUAAAUAUUGAUAGUCACUACAAUCAAAAUAGUUGA